AUGGAUCAAGACCAGGCAGACGAUUUUGCGUCCGAGUCUUUCUUCGACCAAAACUCGCUGCAGCAGCAAAUUCAACAAAUCGAGGCGACCGCCGAUCUGAAUGCUGUCUCAAACGUUGCCCUUCCUCCAAACCCAGCAGUCGUCGACAAACUCUCCCGCCGUUGGUAUUGUGGCUGUCUGGAGCGUAUAGCAUGGUCGAGACAUGGCCACCUUGCCAGCAUAUCCGAUGAUGGAUCCACUGUCUAUCUGGAGUGCAUUCGUUAUAACUAUGAAUCAAAGUCGUGGGGUCUCCAUGAAAGACACUCCUUGACCACCCUCUUCGAAGACGCCGCCAGUUUGGCUUGGAGCCCAAACGGAGGUGAACUUGCCGUGGUCGAUGUCAAGGGAAGGAUAUGGGUAUAUCACAACUCUCCGCUCGCCAUCAACCGCCUGAUCCUUGCUCGUCAAGGCGCUCUGGAUGAUGGCGACGAGUAUUCCCAGCCGGUUGGUAUGACGUGGUUAAACCAGGAUCGGCAAGAAAGACCAAGAAAUGUUGUUAUCAACGCAUUCAAGGGUGACGACCGAUGGCAGCAUACCAAUGCAAGAGCCAAACCGCUCGGCCCAUAUUGGCAUCGUGCUGUUGCCAUCGUCCACCGCAAUGGCCUCUUCACGCUUUGCUUCCAGAGGGGUGACGGACAGUAUUCCAAGGUCACCAAGCAAUUGUCGCCACCAGACGAUAUGCUUUACAGUCACGCCAGCUUUGCCCCCACCCUCGAAGGAAAGAUGCUGAUCACCUUGCACUCGUUCAAAAAGGUCAUCUCAGUUUACUUCCUCUCGAUAGAUUGGAAUGAAGUGAAGCAGGCUGUCGAGGGUUUGCCGGUCCUGACUGUCGAAUCAAUUUCCAACCAUGUCUCGUCACAGCCCUCUGGGUCUCCCACUCUUCCUGAUUCAUACGACCCAGAUUCGUGGUUACUUAGCCAUCUCGAAGUUGUGCGCACUUCUGAUGUUGAAAAGGCGGUCCAGAUGCCUCCCACAAUUCUUGCCAUCUGUACCGGUGUCAAUAGAACUGUCAAUAUUCCAGACGCGGGCUUCUUGGUAUCGAGCAUGAUCAAGAGGUGGGCGGUCAAUCCCGUCCAACAAAAGCUGCACCCGCUAUUUGAUGCCCUACCAUCCAUAGGUCCCGGGGUGACCGCAUCAAAGUCUACCUACUCUCUUCAGAGGCUACCAGAUAAAGAGGAACAGGUUAUCACGACGAUUCACCAUGUGGACGGUGUCCAGGCGAUCGUCGUCACAACGCAAGAAAACCGCAUUGAUUUCUUAAGCUCAGAGGACCUAUCGCCAAUGUCCUAUGCCUCGUUGGCCCAGGAGACCACAUCCAUGUCUCAAUCUGGAUUUGCAUUUCCUUACGCUGAGUUUAUUCUCACGCCAGCCUUCUCUCCUAACACCUGUGUCAGGGCAGAUCUGGCGCCGGACGGGAAAACGCAACUUUUCUCCAUGGAAUACCAGUUAGGACAACCUCAAUCACUGCAGCCGCUAGAUCCAAACAUCGACGUGGCCAUUGCAUCCCUGAACCUCACCUUCGCGCGAGCAUGCUGGUCCAACGCCACCAUUGACGACAUCCUCAUGUGUGUUUCACAGUCAGUUCCGACCGAACUCAUCCCCACGGUGAUUUCGACCGUGUAUCGAACGCUCUUUCGCGAUAGCGACUUUGUACACGAAAGGACUGAAGGCUCGGAACUCGAAAAGGUUAUCCAUAAGACCGUAAUGGGAAGAGUCCUGUCUUACCAUGCAAGUCUGGCGGCGAACUGUCCUCAACUGCCUUCAAUUGCCUCCACCGAUAGGAGAAAUGGCUGUUGGUCACUGAGCGCACAGUGGGCUUGGUUGGUCAACAACAUCCGACAGACUGCAACCCUACUUUUCAUGGCCAUGAGAGAUGUGCAGAAUAUUCAGCUCGUCAUGAGCCAAGACUUGACAGAUCUGCUCUGCUCGAAUCUCCGGUGGGGUUUAUCGCUUAUGAGAUUUAUCAUUAGCACCAUUUUGGAGGUAGGCGAUCGGGAGACGAACCCGGAAAUGUUCGAUGAGAAAGAUCCUGGCAGAGCGGGUGACUCACUGGGCGAUGGGAGCCAGGGUCUCGUCGCCUUACUUCUGAACUGUCAUACUUCGCGCAUAUUUCUGAUCGCUUUUGUCAGAGCCGUCAGGGCCUACGCGAAAAACACAGAACCGAAAUCAAAUCACCAUUUGCAAGUGCUACAAUGUAUCCAACAACAAACAUCCGGGAAGGGCCUGUCGUUCCAAGCCAUGGAGGCACUUCUUGAAUACAGAUGGUCUGCGGUGGGCGACGUGGACAGGGACAUGGCCGCCACAGCUGUCCGCCAGCUCGAGAUGAUGGCCACGGGAAUUGUGCACCAGUCGUACCAAGGGACGGUCAAGGUGCUGCUCAACACGCUGUUCAAUAGCGCUCAGGGACUCCGGGCCAAGAUGUUGAUCGAUCGAGUCAAGCUGUUCAUCGAUCAUGUCGAUUUGGAAUAUAUCUUCUUGAAUCACGAUAUCCUGGGUCGACAGAGCACCGAUGGAGACUCCGGUAAGAAAGAGGUCAUCUACGAUGUGCAUCGAAAGAGACCGAUUUCAAAGGGCGUGGCGGAACCUAACGGGCCAGGGCAACUGAUGGUCAGAAAAUGCUUGAGAUGCGGGAGUUACAGUGAGGAUGUCAAUGUGCCGCCUCGGGAGUGGCCUAGACAAGUUGCUAUGCUACUCAUGAGAUGUGUCUGCGAUGGGAGUUGGGUGCUCAUGCCUUGGGAUAAGGUUCACAAGUAG